GACUAUGCCAUGCGGUACUGGCGGGACCAGGGAGCACCACCAGAAAAGAUAAACAUGGGGUUAGCAGCAUACGGGCGAGCAUUUAACCUCUCCUCUGCAUCCAGUAAUGUUGGAGCACCAGCCAAUGGUCCUGGUGAGGAAGGCUGCUACACCGGUGAAGAAGGAUUCUGGGCCUAUUAUGAGAUUUGCCUUUAUCUUGAGGGGGUUACACCCCGGUUGAUCACCGAUCAUAAAGUUCCAUAUGCCAUCACAGAAAACCAGUGGGUUGGAUUUGACAACAAAGACAGCCUGAAUACCAAGGUCAAUUAUCUGAAAGAUAACAACUUUGGAGGAGCCUUUAUCUGGUCUCUGGACCUGGAUGACAACAGUGGACAGUGCUGUAAAACAGGCAAAUGCGCCCUCAUCAGCCACCUGCAUGCUCUGCUGGUUCCAGGUUUUCCUGAUCUAAGUACCACUAAUACUACAAGUACUGGUCCUAAGACGACUCCCACCACAAUAACCACAACACCCGCUCCCCCAAAAACAGCUCCCACAACAGCUGCUGCCACAACAGCAGCUCCUACAACUGUCGCUCCCACAACUUCCGCUCAAACAACAGCUACUCCCACAGCAGCAGCUCCCAAUUCU